GAAGUUCAGCAGUCGAGAUAGGUGUAGAAUCUUGGAGAUACCAGUGUUCCGACGCCCUGCCGUACUUAGUGUGUUUGCUGUGCUGAUCAGAAAUCAGAAAACGAUCGGCUGGUUUUGUGGUUUGCUCUUCGGUGCGGUGUUAUAUUCUCCUGGUGUGUGCGUGUGUGUGUUUUUGCGGCCACUUAUCAACUCAUUACCAGACAUGGACACGAGACGGAAAUUAAGACGGUGCGAGACGGCUUUAAUGCUGCUCAUGAUAACCGCCUGCCCAUUGCUUAUCCGCGGCGAGAUGCGCAAAUCGUGGCAGACGAAAAGUGUCGCCGUGCAGGCACAGAUGCUUAAAGCUGCCCGGCUUGAAGAUCCACCAAAUGCGAAGCCUCCGGAAGCGAGUGAUGCGGCGACGGGUUCAGCGCUGGAGGACCCAAAUAAUGGAGCAUCGCUUACCGAACCACCGCACUCUACCGUGAAAGCGACGGAAGAGCUUAAACCUAAGCCUGCGACCGUUUUUAGUAGCCGGGUGCGUAGCAAAUACGGUACCGUUGUGGGUUCGGUCGCUCCAGAAAAGCUGACCGAGAACAGUGCAACGCCUGCGCCACAGGACGCUGAUGUCCGUGCCGUUCCGCUCGGGUUCGAGCAUAGUCCGGAGGAAAUACAAAUAGACGACGCUACCGUACAGGAUGACGAUGAUGAUGAGGAUGAUGAUGACGAUGAUGAUCCACUGGGAUGGGAUGGAGUGCAAGAUGAUCAGCAGGGUAAGCAGUACGAUCUGAUCGAGAACAUCCUGGCCGAGGUUGAAGAGCGUGUGACGGAUGAGAAGCGAGACGAAGCGGAUGAGUUGUUACGGUCCAGAACGAAAAAGCCUACCGAACGGACGAAGACGUACACCUUCCCGCCGGUGCUAAACAUGACCAUCGACGAGCCCAACAACAUCGUGAAGGUGAAGCUAAAUCAGGACAUUGUGCGUGAUAUGCUGAAUACCGGGCGUGAAUCGGGCGGUGGUAUCGGUGGCAAGAAGAUGCUGCGCUAUGUGCUCCCACUGUUCAUCCUACCCUUCCUGAUCCAGUCCGCCGUCAUACCUUUCAUGCUGACUGCGGUCAAACUGUUCCUGCUCAAGUCGCUGAUGGCGGGCAAGCUGGCCAUCUUUCUGCUGCUGCUGGGUGCGUUCAAAAACUUUACCAAAAAGGACCGGGACGUGUACGUGAAGGAUCUGCCCGACCGGCGGUACGAACCGUCGAGCGAAGGGUUCGCUUACCUGGCCGAGGGACGACCGAGCGGAUGGGUCAACUAGGCGACAGCAAUUCGGCGCUGCCGACUAUAUUUAUGCAACUAGAAAACGUUAGACACGAUACGAACGUAACAAAGAACGAUAGAUUUAAUGCAUAGCAUGGCUCUAAGCCAGUACAAACAAUAAACGUACCGCGUACCGUUCUCUCAAUUCGAUCCGAACCUACGGACCGGCGAACAAUUUCUUGAGCGCAGAGGUAAAUGUGCAGACGGCUGAAAAGUGGUGUUUGAUUUUAGGUGCUCCGUUUCCGGGUUAAGUGUCUGUGCCUGGAAUGGGAACACGGGUUCGUACCGAUCCCAUAGCGCUAUCCGUAGCUGGGCAACAACACAUAAUUGAACCCCAAUUGUUGAGCCUCAUUUUGUUGCAUCGGACUGGGCUGAGUUGGUGUGUGUUUUAUGAAUUUAGGAAAUCUUCUACCUUGAUGAGCCCGUUGAUUUGUGGUGAUUACAUUUUUGUUAACCCUUUUUUAAAGUGGGUAAUCGGGCGUUGAUGUCUAGACUGUUCCAUGUACGGGUAAACAUAUCCAAAGCUGAGUCAGAUUCAAGAGCGAUUGAAGCAGUUCUGGGCAAUUCGACCUUGUGCUAGAUGUACCUGUUGAUAACUACGGAACUGAUAUCACUAUUUAUAGAAAAUUUUUAGGAUUUAGAUUUUUCUAACAGAUUUAAAUCCUAAACGUUUCCAUAAUAGUUCAUCAAUUAAAUGACGUUCCCAUUAUAAUAGGUCAUCAGAAUCAAAAGAGCUGUUAAAUCUGUAAUACUUAUCCAUAAAAAUGGCUUGUUUUGACGGUUUAAAUGCUACCGGUCAGAGGUAUGGUCGUAUCUUGGUCCAGUUUAGCUCAUUCCAUACAUUAAUUGCUUAAGCCAUAUAGGUUGGGCAACUCAAAAUGCUUUGAAUCAUUAUUCACAGUAAAAUUGUUUGCAACCCUUUUUUUAUUCUGGGCCGAAUAAUGCUCGUAUAUGUAAGUCAACCCCGUUAAAUAUGUAACUUAUUUUCCUUAAGAUUUACUAGUUUUUACUAGAGAUUUAGAACCAAACGAUUGUAAUGAAAUAAAAAAAAGACAAAGUUAGGAGGAUAAUUAUUUAAAUAUCAACGCGAUAUAGCGCAAAAUUGGAGGCGCAGCUAUAGCAAGUGGUGGCAGUGUAUGACGACGCUCUCGAAAGAACCACCGUCAUCGUACCAGCCAAUACUAUUCGCUUAAAAAACAUAAUACUAAAAGAUUAAAAAAAUUACUAACAAAAAUGUUGACUGCCGUGACACUUGCCCGACCGACACGCCGAUUCUUGUUGAUAAGAGGACGACGGUAGUGCUUAUGACAGCGUCAUUGUGGCGCGGUAAACACUGUACAUUUGUUACAUGAUGUGGAAAACGCUAUUUGUACCGGCGUGUUAGUUGUUAGUUAUUGUUAGUUAUCUUGUUUAUUGCAUAAAAACAUUGUAGUUUUGACGAUCCUAAUCACAAAAGUGGCCCAUAUUGCAUGAUCAUUUAAAUGGUGGCAAAUAAUUAUGUUACAACAGCACCGAAUCACAGCAAAGUGAUGUGUUAAAGUAUCGGAGUGACUCGGUACCACCAGCGUAGUAUCUAGCCCCGUUGCAUGACUCAUAAGACAUGAGUGCUCAGCAUGUAGAACCAGGUCAAGGUAUACUCCAUACUCCAUAUCGCCACAUUAUUACACUACGGUUGACGGGCAGCACGAACGCUAGACCUAGCAGCUUUCAAGCAAACCGGGUUAAGCAAUGCUUUCGUACAAAAUUCUAAUCACAUCCAGCUACAAUGGGGUUCCCACCACACGCAUCGUACCGGAUCGAUCAGUGAAAUCGCUCUUAUCUUCGGUGGGCAGAUAGGUAUGUCUUAUCAGUUGUGCUAUAACGCGCGUGAUAGCACGCAGCAGUACACCUGUAGGGCCGGCAGAUUGCGCUAAGGCGACUGCCCCAGUCGUACGUGUAACCUCUGCCGGGAAGCAAGUCCACGCAAGUACGGAAACCCCUCCCACACAACGCAGUAAGCGCAACGAGAAUAGUGUCAAGCGGAAGCGCGAAAGAAUUAUACCGCAAAAAAACGAGUUAAAUAACUUCCACCAUUCAUCAUGGGCUGCAGCGAAAUCAUGCGUAAUCUCGGUGACCUCAUAAUGAACAAUAAGCUGGUCACCUUUCUGAGUGUGGCCCUGUUCGCGUUCGUGAUCACUGUGAUAGCGUUAGCGGUGUCAAACAAUAAUAACGCAAACGAUUUGGACGAAUGCCGGGCAGAGCUGGCCAAAAUCCUGUCAUCCACGUCGGUAGCCCCGCCAGACACCACAACUGCUACAGCUAUUUCAACUGAAAGUACUACAACAAUUACGCCAUCUACUCCCAUAUCGUAAUGAUUUGAUCGACGGUUAAUGUGUAGUGUUGAACGAUAAAAUUCGGUGUAGGGCCUAUCACUUGUACCACGAUCACACAAUGAAACCUGCUUCAAGUGAGUGAAGGAAAAACGAAAAGGAAAAUCUAAAUUACAAUAUGUGCUCAAUCGACGGUUAAAUCUGUAUCUGCAUUCCGCACAUACCGUUUUGUGGGUAUAUACAGCUGGCCUUUUUUGUCCCUUGUUAGAUGCAACGAUAACGAGGCCCCUAGUUAUCGGUGAGUCAGAGGACCUGGUCCAACACCGGAGAUAGGAAGUGAGAGAUUCGUUAUCGAAAGCGUGUGGCAAUAGUUUUUUUUUUCGAAGCAAAAUUAAGUAACUAAUCGGUGUAUAAGUAACAAAACUGUGUAAUGGUUAGUGUACCGCAACAUCCAGUCUAAAUAAAUGUACUGCACCUCACUGACGGAACAGGCAGUGAAUGUAAGUGCGUAACGUA